CGUGACGAUAGCAUAUUGAUACGUGUCGACGAAGGGAGCCACGACUCGCUACGGUUUGCCAGUCGAACGUAUACGCGGCCAGGUUUACUAGGAUUCGUGGUACCGAAAUCGAGUGUCCUCGCCGCAUUGUUGACUCCCGCGUUAGUCAGAAGCGUCCGAUCGUCGUGCUCCUUUCGAAUCGUACCUCGGAUUCAAAAUGGGAUUCAAAUUCUUGGAGGUGAUAAAACCCUUUUGCAGUAUACUUCCGGAAAUCGAGAAACCGAAACGGAAAAUCCAAUUCCGGGAGAAAGUACUAUGGACUGCCAUCACUCUGUUCAUCUUCUUAGUGUGCUGUCAGAUACCUCUGUUUGGUAUCAUGUCCUCGGACAGUGCGGAUCCAUUCUAUUGGAUCAGAGUUAUACUUGCAUCAAAUAGAGGAACUCUUAUGGAAUUAGGAAUAUCUCCCAUCGUUACGUCUGGUCUGAUCAUGCAGCUUUUAAGUGGUACAAAGAUAAUCGAAGUUGGCGACACUCCGAAAGACAGAGCGCUUUUUAAUGGUGCUCAGAAAUUAUUCGGAAUGGUCAUUACCGUUGGCCAAGCUAUCGUGUAUGUAAUGACUGGAAUGUAUGGUGAUCCAACAGAAAUUGGAGCCGGUGUUUGCCUGUUGAUCAUCAUUCAGCUGUUUGUCGCUGGCUUGAUCGUACUGUUAUUGGAUGAACUGCUUCAGAAGGGCUACGGAUUAGGAAGUGGAAUUUCUCUGUUCAUUGCUACAAACAUUUGCGAAACAAUCGUAUGGAAAGCAUUCUCUCCAGCUACUGUUAACACUGGACGUGGCACGGAGUUCGAAGGUGCUGUAAUCGCGCUGUUUCACUUGCUGGCUACAAGACAGGACAAAGUCCGAGCGCUUCGUAACGCAUUCUACAGACAGAAUCUUCCUAAUCUCAUGAACCUACUCGCUACGAUCUUAGUAUUCGCUAUAGUGAUCUACUUCCAGGGAUUCCGCGUCGAUUUGCCGAUCAAAUCCGCCCGAUACAGGGGACAGUAUAGCAGUUAUCCCAUCAAACUGUUUUAUACAAGCAACAUCCCCAUCAUUCUUCAAUCCGCAUUGGUGUCCAACUUGUACGUGAUCUCACAAAUGUUGGCUGUCAAAUUCCAAGGGAACAUAAUCGUGAAUCUGUUGGGAGUCUGGUCCGACAUCGGUGGCGGUGGCCCAGCGCGGUCUUACCCAGUCGGGGGACUUUGUUACUACUUAUCACCGCCGGAAUCUGUGGGACACAUCCUCCAGGAUCCAAUUCACGCCAUCCUUUACAUUCUCUUCAUGCUUGGAUCCUGCGCUUUCUUCUCGAAGGCGUGGAUCGAGGUUUCCGGUAGCUCGGCUAAAGCUGUCGCGAAACAGUUGAAGGAGCAGCAGAUGGUGAUGAGGGGCCACAGGGAUAAUUCUAUGAUCCACGAAUUGAAUAGAUACAUCCCGACCGCGGCGGCGUUCGGCGGACUGUGCAUCGGUGCUUUGUCUGUACUGGCCGAUUUCCUUGGCGCAAUCGGUUCCGGUACCGGUAUCCUACUCGCCGUCACAAUUAUAUACCAGUACUUCGAGAUCUUCGUCAAGGAACAAAGUGAAAUGGGUGGCAUGAGCACGCUGCUCUUCUAAUGGCACACGUUCUUCUGAUAGACAUUUUGAAAAGUGAACGUUUUUUAAUUCCGAAGAACUGAAUAAUAAUUUAUUGUAAAGUAAGUCUCCAUUCACCGUCAGAUACUAUGCCGGUUACUCGGACGAGUAACGGGAAUGUCUUCAACAACACGAGCCAGACCGCACACACAUCUCUAACUCCUUGUUUGUCGUUUCCGAAGAUCGCAUGCAUAAACAUCCGUGUUACGUGACACACCUUUAUCCUCGGGCAAAAACAGAGAAACAUCGUUUUUACGCCCGAUUUGGUAUACUAUCCAGCUUUUGUAAUCGACUAGUUUCAUCCGUUCAUCGUGGAGAAUACAACGCUGCCUUUUAUUUGAAGGGCCGAUGCGACGCGUUUAACGAAGAGGUACGCGGUCGAACAAAACAUAGAAGUGCUCGUGCGUAGAUCUGGAGCCGUUCCAUUACCUGAACUCGAGUGCUCUGGAUUUACGCGGCCGCAAGAUGUAAUAUCUUUCGUACAACGAGCACACAGUGUACAUAGGAAGAAAGCAAUUAAAUAUUUUCAACAUUUUUUUACUAGCGUUUACGCUCCGAAUGAUAAACGGAGUCGUGUGAAGAGACUCUUGAAAAUCGGUGCGAGCGCGACGAUCAUCCUUAGACCGCGGAUUCUAUGCAUAAAACUGUUUAGAAUAUCAAACAAUGAAUCCAACGUUUAUUACGAACACGUAUUUUAAACUGAUAUCAUGUUGCAUAAAAGUCCGCAGUCUGAUUAUCACAAGGAUUCGAACGCGAUCGAGGAUCGCGUGAUCAUUUUGUCAGGACGAGACACCCACCUAGGGUACAUUGUCGUGCAACUAAACUAAUUCGUACAGUGUUCGCUCAUCAUAGAAAUAUCGUCAUUCCUAUAUUAAUUGAAUAACGGUACGAAGCAAACGAACGGAUAUCCGUUUAUGUGUAUUCAGAAUUGAAUAUGCUUUUAUAAGGAAUGAAAAUCUUAUCAUUUCAUUAUCGUUUUCCCCCCCCCUUUCUAGCUCCGACCUCCGUUCAUAUUCUUCUUUUCGUUGACUUUUGAUAGUCGAGAACUACUUGUUUGGAUGAAUGUUAACGCAGAGAACCGAACGAAGGAGAGAGUAUUUAUAAGUUGUAACGUGCAUCGAUUUGUACAUCGUAUUACACGCUGUAUAUUAUUUAGUUGUAUCCAGAUAUUAGUAAACUUAAUUCUUAUUUUAUAUAAUACAGAUGGUACUUUUCACUCUGUGCAUAGGUUUUCGUUACAAGCUAAUAUGUAAGUUGUGACUGAGGAUAUGUAUUUAUUGUUACGGACUUCCAAGAUAGCGAACGAGAGAUGGAGCCCAAUGUUCAGACGUAUAUCCACAUCAUUAAAAGGGAAUAAAAUACGAAGUACA